GUGCAGUUCCCUUUGCGGAUUGUGUAGGCGGAAAUUUGAUGGUGUAUGUUACCCGAUGACUUUACCGACUACUGAUGAUUUGUACUCAUGUUAUGAUAAACUAACCGACAGUUCUAUAGAUUUAAAGGAGAGAGAAAAUGCCUACAAAACAGUACUUGUAGGUGUUAAAGGCGAUGAAAAUGCAAAGAGAUUGUCAAGUCAGUUUAUUGCAAGAUUUAGCAAACUUUUCGAGAAUCUACUGGAGGAAAGUUUCAAUUGUUUUCUGGAUUUAUGUGACGACGACGAUGUAAACGUUCGAAGUCAAGUGGUGCACGAUUUGUUACAGUUUUGUAAACAUGCACGGGUGUUCGUCCCACGUGUUGCUGAUGUUCUCGUUCAAAUGUAUCAAACAGAUGAUAAGAAGGAGCUGAAUGUAAUUUCUUUGGCUCUGUCUCAACUACUUCAUUCUGAGCCGAAAGCGACCUUACUAGGAAUAUUCAAUCGACUUCUUUCAAUGAAUGCAGAAAAUUCUAGAGAAAAUACUCUCAAAUUCCUAUGUGAACGUUUAAAAAGUCUACCAGACAAUGUAUUAACCAGUGAUCUGGAGUCUUUUGUGGUUGAACAAACUAAUCGAGUGCUACAUGAUGUUUCUGAGGAUGAGUUUCCAAUGUUAAUCUCUUUACUAUCAUCCCUGAAAUGUAUGUCUACACUGACUGGCAGGCAAAAACUAGUCGGCAUGAUCUCUCAACAAGCUUUGCAGGCCGUUCCUACAUUCAAUGCUAGUGAUCGGGCAUGUAUAGCUCAAGUUCGGGAGAGUUGUAGACAGGCUGCCUUAUGUAUAUCUAAAAACGUUAAUGCUCAUGACUUGUACAUAUACAUGUUGGAAAAAUUCCUACCACAAUUUGGUGACUUUGCUGAAGACACUUUCGACGAACGGCUGAGCUUACUUCAGUUGACCGCAGAGCUACUGUUUUUCCCAAGUCAAGCACUUGCAUCGAUAAAGUCAGAAGAUAUAACAAAAUAUUUAAACUCUGCUUUUAAUAUACUGUCAAUGUUCUUGCCUAACAUCCCUUCGGAAGAAACAGCUGACAACUUGAAACAGCCUUCUAUAGAAAAGCCAACAUUAAACCAGAUGGGUUUAAAGUUUUCGGAGUUAGAAGCAAGUUUGUUUUUAUGCUGCCAGCUUGGAUGUUAUUAUCCUCAAUAUUUUGGGGGGAAAGCGAAUGAUAAUGAACCUGAGUUAUCUGUUAUCGAAGAUGGAGUCGAUAGAUUACGUACUGUCAGACCUCGUCUCCAGUACUUAAGUCAGCUAGCACAAGAUUAUGCAACAACAAUAUCUGGUCAGUUGGAUAAGAAUUUACAGUCUGAAGAGAGCAAGCUUCGAAUCAUGGCUCACAGAGUGAGUUCUUUAGCUUUUCCAAUAAUCUGUUGAGGAUAUUUUAUGGUCUCGGUUUUAUUCAAAUUGAUGUUCAAAACCAAACAAAACGUCUCAUUUAAUAGGUAACUCCGAUGUCACAAUUAAGACUACUCAAAUUUAUACAUAUAGCUCAAAUCAACAGCUAUUCGUAUCUUGAGCAGUGACCAGCUUAUGAUGAACAUACAGCGAAUGAUACGGUGCUUUUUUCACAACCCUCCAAUGUUCAAAACCAUCAAUGUAACAUUGUCGUGGAUUCAAUCACCUGUUACUUCGAUUCCAGGUACAAAGCGUCCUCUUUCCACGGAUUCGGGUAAUCACCAUAGUACAGGUGUUCGACAACCACGUGGUGAUAGACUAUUGUAUACUCCACCAAUCGGUCAGUGGUCUCGUGUUGAUACUAUUGAUUCGAAUAAAGGCAGAUUUCGAUUUGGUCGUAGUGGUCGGGGGCGUGGACGGAACUUCUGAAUUGACAUCGUUUGUUUUGUGUUACUUACCCCUCUUUAAUUGCUAGCUGUAAAAUAUUCUCUAACCAGCUGUUGAUGCUAUUCUGUAAUUCAACACAUUUUAAUACUUGUAUUUUUCCUUUUUGUACAUGUAUGAUAUUAGUAAACAACAUCUCAUAAUG